AUGGAUGAAGAAAUGAUUCAUGAAAAUGUGGAUGUGGUGCAUGAAAGUGAUGAGAAUACAAGAGGAAGGGCUGGAAGUCAUGAAAGGGAAAGUGGUGAAAGGUUUGAAAGUAGCGAAAGGUCUGAUAGAAAGAGACGUAUACACGCGAUCCCGGUCCAGCAUUUUCGUCCCAUGAUCCCGCGGAAUAUUUCUACCAAGUCUGGGAUAGCGUUCAUGGAGCUGGUGGUUAGAGAGACUAAUUUAUAUGCAUGGCAAAUUAUCUUACAAUUUUCCGACCCUGAUCUCGAUGCCGAGAUUCCAAAGUACUUGGAAUUUUGGACCGAGAUCACGGUUGAGGAACUAUAUAGAUACUUCGCCGUGCUAAUAUUGAUGUCUUUCUGCCACCGCUCCAAUAUUCGCGAGUACUGGGAGACGGGGAUAAUGGGCAUGCCAGAGUUCCGCGAGAUUAUGGGGCGGAACAGGUUCAAACUGAUCAGCAAAUUUUUGCAUUUUACUUCGAAUGAAAGUUUGCUGACCAGUGGGCAUCUCAGGAAGAUUGAAAAAGUUGCACCAGUUGUGGCACAUUGCAAUAAAAAAUUCAAAGACUUAUACACUCCUGCACAACAUCUCAGCUUAGACGAGUCCUUACUGUUAUGGAAGGGCCGUCUAAGCUGGAAGCAGUGUAUUAGGUCGAAAGCUGCAAGAUUUGGCAUCAAAUCUUUCGAGCUUUGCGAGGCGGAGACUGGGUACCUCCUCCAAUACCGUCUGUACACCGGGAAGAGUACAGACCAAUAUCCAGAUCCCAUACAUGGGUUUCAAGACCACACAGCUAAGAUUGUCUUGGACCUCAUCGAUGGGUAUUUAGAUGUUGGUCAUGUACUUGUCAUGGACAAUUGGUAUAACCAAUUGUUCAUGACUAGGUACCUCAAAUCCCGGUGUACGGACGUAUUGGGGACUUUAAACCGUCGGCGUAAUGGCAUACCACCAGCUGUGAAGGAUAUGAUGCCAAAUGUGCCGCGAGGAACUACGGUAUAUAGACAUUCCGGUGACAUCACUUUAGUUUCUUGA